CGCGAGACUAGCGGUCGCGGCGAGCAGGGUGCGGAACCUCCCGGAAGUGGGCGAGGGGACCUGUCAGCUCCCACCCGGGCGUGUGGGGAACUUGAGGCCGGGUGGGUCUAGGGUCUUCUCCGGGACCAGCGCGAGGCGGAGUCACGGAGAAGCUCUCUGCCAUUCACACAGCGGCCUUAUCCCUGGCCCGGCUGCCGCCGCCCCGCCCUUUGCCCUUCACGGCGCCCGGCCCUCCUUGUCUGGGGCUGCUUUUUGCGCCUGGGCAGCCUGCCUUUCCCCGUUUGCUUUCCUUCCCGUCUCCUCCCCCGACUCCAACACCAGAGUCGCGGGUCCUGCAGUGUCCCAGAAGCUGCACGUAUAACUUGCUCCGUGGGUAACUCAUUCGAUUUUGGAGUUCUUUUAAUUCUUCUGAAAGAUUUCAAAUCUUCUAAAAGCCAAAAUGGGACACAGUAAACAAAUUAGAAUUUUACUUCUGAACGAAAUGGAAAAGCUGGAAAAGACCCUCUUCAGACUUGAACAAGGGUUUGAACUACAGUUCCGACUAGGCCCCACUUUACAGGGAAAAGCAGUUACUGUAUUUACAAAUUACCCAUUUCCUGGAGAACCAUUUAAUCGAGAAAAAUUCCGUUCCCUGGAAUGGGAAAAUCCAACAGAAAGAGAAGAUGAUUCUGAUAAAUACUGUAAACUUAAUCUUCAGCAAGCUGGAUCAUUUCAGUAUUACUUCCUUCAAGGAAAUGAAAAAAGUGGUGGGGGUUACAUAGUUGUGGAUCCUAUUUUACAUGUUGGUGCUGACAAUCACGUGUUACCCUUGGACUGUGUUACUCUUCAGACAUUUUUAGCUAAGUGUAUGGGACCCUUUGAUGAAUGGGAAAGCAGACUUAGGGUUGCAAAAGAAUCAGGUUACAACAUGAUUCAUUUUACCCCUUUACAGACUCUUGGACUAUCUAGGUCAUGCUACUCCCUAGCUAACCAGUUAGAAUUCAGUCCUGACUUUUCAAGACCUAAUAAAAAGUAUACCUGGAAUGAUGUUGGACAGCUAGUGGAAAAAUUGAAAAAGGAAUGGAAUAUUCUUUGUAUUACUGACGUUGUCUACAACCAUACUGCUGCUAAUAGUAAAUGGAUCCACGAACAUCCAGAAAGUGCAUAUAACCUUGUAAAUUCUCCACACUUAAAACCUGCCUGGGUCUUAGACAGAGCACUGUGGCAUUUAUCCUGUGACGUUGCAGAAGGGAAAUACAAAGAAAAAGGAGUACCUGCUUUGAUUGAAAAUGAUCAUCAAAUGAAUUGCAUUCGAAAAAUAAUUUGGGAGGAUAUUUUUCCAAGGAUUCAACUCUGGGAAUUUUUCCAAGUGGACGUUCACAAAGCAGUUGAGCAAUUUAGAGGACUUCUUACACAAGAAAAUAGGAAAAUAACAACCAAACCUGAUCCGAAGAAACACCUUAAGAUUAUUCAAGAUCCUGAAUACAAAAGGCUUGGCUGUACUGUAGAUAUGAACAUUGCACUAGCAACUUUCAUACCACAUGACAAUGGGCCAGCUGCAAUUAAUGAAUGCUGUAACUGGUUCCGCAAGAGAAUUGAGGAAUUAAAUUCAGAGAAGCACCAACUUGUGAACUAUCAUCAGGAACAGGCAGUUAAUUGCCUCUUGGGAAAUGUGUUUUAUGAACGACUGGCUGGCCAUGGUCCUAAACUAGGACCUGUCACUAGAAAACAUCCUUUAGUUACCAGAUAUUUUACUUUCCCAUUUGAAGAAAUGACCCUCUCCACAGAAGAAUCUAUGAUUCAUCACCCAAAUAAAGCUUGUUUUCUGAUGGCACAUAAUGGGUGGGUAAUGGGAGAUGAUCCCCUUCGAAACUUUGCUGAACCAGGUUCAGAUGUUUAUCUAAGGAGAGAACUUAUUUGCUGGGGAGACAGCGUCAAAUUACGUUAUGGGAAUAAACCAGACGACUGUCCUUUUCUCUGGGCACACAUGAAAAAAUACACUGAAAUAACUGCGACUUAUUUCCAGGGAGUGCGUCUUGAUAACUGCCACUCAACACCCCUUCACGUAGCUGAGUACAUGUUGGAUGCUGCUAGGAAAUUGCAACCCAAUUUGUAUGUAGUAGCUGAACUGUUCACGGGAAGCGAAGACCUGGACAAUGUCUUUGUUACUAGACUGGGCAUUAGCUCCCUAAUAAGAGAGGCAAUGAGUGCAUAUAAUAGCCAUGAAGAAGGGAGGUUAGUUUAUAGAUAUGGAGGAGAACCUGUUGGAUCCUUUGUUCAGCCUUGUCUGAGGCCUUUAAUGCCGGCUAUUGCACAUGCCCUGUUCAUGGAUAUUACCCAUGAUAAUGAGUGUCCUAUUGUGCAUAGGUCAGAAUAUGAUGCUCUCCCGAGUACCACGAUUGUUUCUAUGGCAUGUUGUGCUAGUGGAAGUACUAAAGGCUAUGAUGAAUUAGUGCCUCAUCAGAUUUCAGUGGUUUCUGAAGAACGGUUUUAUACUAAGUGGAAUCCUGGAGCAUCGCCAUCAAAUGCAGGUGAAGUUAAUUUCCAAAGUGGAAUUAUUGCAGCCAGAUGUGCUAUCAAUAAACUUCAUCAAGAGCUUGGGGCCAAGGGUUUCAUUCAGGUGUAUGUGGAUCAGGUUGAUGAAGACAUAGUGGCAGUAACAAGACAUUCGCCCAGUAUUCAUCAGUCUGUUGUGUCUGUGUCUAGAACUGCUUUCAGGAAUCCUAAGACCUCAUUUUACAGCAAAGAAGUACCUCAAAUGUGCAUCCCUGGCAAAAUUGAAGAAGUAGUUCUUGAAGCCAGAACUAUUGAGAGAAAUGCAAAACCUUAUCGGAAGGAUGAGAAUUUCAUCAAUGGAAUGCCAAAUAUCACAGUAGAAAUUAGAGAACAUAUUCAGCUUAGUGAAAGUAAAAUUGUUAAACAAGCUGGAGUUGCCACAAAAGGACCCAACGAAUAUAUUCAAGAAAUAGAAUUUGAAAACUUGUCUCCGGGAAGUGUUAUUAUAUUCAGAGUUAGUCUUGAUCCACAUGCACAAGUCGCUGUUGGAAUUCUUCGAAAUCACCUGACACAGUUCAGUCCUCACUUUAAAUCUGGAAGCCUUGCUGUUGACAACUCAGAUCCUAUAUUAAAAAUUCCUUUCGCUUUUAUUGCUUCUAAAUUAACUUUGGCUGAGCUGAAUCAGGUACUUUACCGAUGUGAAGCAGAAGAACAAGAAGAUGGUGGAGGCUGUUACGACAUCCCAAACUGGUCAUCUCUUAAAUAUGCAGGUCUUCAAGGAUUAAUGUCCGUCUUGGCAGAAAUAAGACCAAAGAAUGACUUGGGGCAUCCCUUCUGUGAUAAUUUGAGAUCUGGAGAUUGGAUGAUUGACUAUGUCAGUAACCGGCUUAUUUCGCGGUCAGGAACUAUUGCUGAAGUUGGUAAAUGGUUGCAGGCUAUGUUCUUCUACCUGAAGCAGAUCCCACGUUAUCUUAUCCCAUGCUACUUUGAUGCUAUACUAAUCGGUGCAUACACCACUCUUCUGGAUAUAGCAUGGAAGCAGAUGUCAAGCUUUGUUCAGAAUGGUUCUACCUUUGUGAAACACCUUUCACUGGGAUCAGUGCAAAUGUGUGGAGUAGGAAAGUGCCCUUCUCUGCCACGUCUUUCACCUUCACUCAUGGAUGUGCCAUAUAGGCUAAAUGAGAUCACAAAAGAAAAGGAGCAAUAUUGUGUAUCUCUAGCUGCAGGUUUACCUCAUUUUUCUUCUGGUAUUUUCCGCUGCUGGGGAAGGGAUACUUUUAUUGCACUGAGAGGUCUACUGCUGAUUACUGGACGCUAUUUGGAGGCCAGGAAUAUUAUUUUAGCAUUUGCUGGUACCCUGAGACACGGUCUCAUUCCUAAUCUCCUGGGCGAAGGAACUUAUGCCAGAUACAAUUGUCGGGAUGCUGUGUGGUGGUGGCUACAGUGUGUUCAGGAUUAUUGUAAAUUCGUUCCCAAUGGCCUAGACAUUCUCAAGUGCCCAGUUUCCAGAAUGUAUCCUACAGAUGAUUCUGCUCCUUUGUCUGCCGGCACACUGGAUCAGCCAUUGUUUGAAGUAAUACAGGAAGUAAUGCAAAGACAUAUGCAGGGCAUACAGUUCCGAGAAAGGAAUGCUGGGCCACAGAUAGAUCGAAACAUGAAGGAUGAAGGCUUCAAUAUAACCGCAGGUGUUGACGAAGAAACAGGAUUUGUUUAUGGAGGAAAUCGCUUAAAUUGCGGCACAUGGAUGGAUAAAAUGGGAGAAAGUGACAGAGCCAGAAACAGAGGAAUCCCAGCCACUCCAAGAGAUGGGUCUGCUGUGGAAAUUGUGGGCCUGAGUAAAUCUACCGUCCGUUGGUUGCUGGAAUUAUCCAAAAAAAGAAUUUUCCCUUAUCAUGAAGUCACCAUAAGAAGACAUGGAAAGGUUGUGACAAUCUCAUACGAUGAGUGGAACAGAAAAAUACAAGACAACUUCGAAAAGCUAUUUUAUGUGUCAGAAGACCCUUCAGAUUCUAACGAAAAGCAUCCUAAUCUGGUUCAUAAACGUAGCAUAUACAAAGACAGCUAUGGAGCUUCAAGCCCGUGGUGUGACUAUCAGCUCAGGCCUAAUUUCACCAUAGCAAUGGUUGUAGCCCCUGAGCUCUUUACUGCAGAAAAAGCAUGGAAAGCUUUGGAGAUUGCAGAAAAAAAAUUGCUUGGUCCCCUUGGCAUGAAAACUUUGGAUCCAGAUGAUAUGGUUUACUGUGGUAUUUAUGACAACGCCUUAGACAAUGACAACUACAAUCUUGCUAAAGGUUUCAAUUAUCACCAAGGACCUGAGUGGCUAUGGCCGGUUGGCUAUUUUCUUCGUGCAAAAUUAUAUUUUUCCAAAUUGAUGGGUCCAGAGGCUAAUGCAAAGACUGUGUUUUUGGUUAAAAAUGUUCUUUCCCGGCAUUAUGUUCAUCUUGAAAGAUCCCCUUGGAAAGGACUUCCUGAACUGACCAAUGAGAAUGGCCAAUAUUGUCCUUUCAGCUGUGAAACACAAGCCUGGUCAAUUGCUACUAUUCUCGAAACGCUUUAUGACUUAUAGCUGAUUCAUGGAUAUGUAUGAAGUAUGCAAUUACUUGUAUUAUGGAAUGCAAGGUCAAAUAUAAUAUAAAGGGUUUAUAUGCACAGGCUGAAGUUAUUUUAAAAAUCUAAUUUAUAUAAUAAUGAUGCCCAAUUAGGUAAGACUUUAAAAACAGUGAUUUGUCUUUUUCCUUUCUUUUGUUUUGUUUUGUUUUUAAUGUACAGAGAGGUAGCUUUUGAUUUGAAUCAGGAAGAAAAACUAUCAUUACCAAUGGGAUGUUCUUUUGAAUUUAUGAAGUAUUCCUUAAUUGCCUGGAAAUAAAUAAGAGUUUGAAAUCCAGAGUUUGAAACAGAAAAGUCAUGUAAGCUUCUACUUGUACAUAAGUAAAAAUGAAGUAUUAGAAUGUAAUAAUGAAAGAAAUGGAAAAGUAUCUUCAAAUUGUGGUAUAUAUUUUCUUCAGUAAUAAUACAUAUUGAUUAUGCUGUGGUUAACUAAUGUUCUCACCUUUUACUAUAUUAUUCCUAGCACUUUCUACACUGCAUUCAUAAAUAUUAACUGAAUAUUGACUCAUGGAAUUGUCUACCUACACUGUUAUGUUCAGAAAGGAUGUUCAGAACACAGAUGUUCACUGUGUGGUUUUUUUUCACUAGAAUACUAAUAUGUUUUUAAUAUAAUGAAUGCCAUAAUUUGCUUAUGUUAAUGAUGCAUAGGAUAUAUGAAAAAACACAAGCAUUUAAGAAUUUAUUUCCUAAAAAUAGUUUUGUAAAAUUAAUCUUGAGUAUGAGUUUCCUACUAUGAGAUGGUUCACAUUCUCAAAAUGCACAUUGUUGGGCAUAUUUAUGAGAACUUUAAAGAAAAACAUGCUAUAUUAAUUUUCUAAAACUUAACAAUUAUUUUUAGUUUGUGUGCAAAAGUGUAUUGAUAGAUCAUAGCAGAUACUAGUUUCCUAUUAACUAAAACCUACAUUGACAAGUUUAGCACUGAGAAGAAUCUUGGUAUAAUAAAAAUAUAGAUAUGAAUUUAGUAGUUCUCUUGAAUUCAAUAGAAUCAUUUGAAAAGUUUUUCAUGACCUUAAAUCCAAAAAGUCAUAAAAGGAAAAAAGGUUUUUAACAUUUAUAUGAGUUAAUAUUUUUGAAUAAUACUUAUUCUCUAGAUGGAUUUUUUUUAUUGUUUACUAUUUUUGUCUCAAGAAAACACUUAAAUCAGAUCGUUACACUUUUAGUUGAAAGAAAAUAGUUGCAAAAAUCCUUUCAUCACUAUUUAAUAUUAUUCAGUGGCAUAUUUAUAGCUAAUAAAAUAAUGGUACAGUAAUACUUUUCUCAGUUAAAGAUAACAUACCCAACCAUCUUAAGUAUGAUUAAGAAAUAAAAAUAAGAAAAGAAAGUAAACUAAAACUUUUAGGCAGUAAAAAUAUAUGAAUACAGAAGAUAUCAAAUACCCAUGCCUAAAAGCUCAUGUAACUUAAUGUAUACUGCACAGUCUUCUUCAAAAUGGACUGUACUUUAGAAGUAGUUUUAACUAGGGGCACCUGGGUGGCUCAGUUGGUUGAACAUCCGACUUCAGCUCAGGUCAUGAUCUCGCGGUUUGUGGAGUUCAAGCUCCAUGUCCGACUCCAUGCUGACAGCUCAGAGCCUGGAGCCUGCUUGGGAUUCUGUGUCUCCCACUCUCUCUGCCCCUCCCCUGCUCACACUCUGUCUCUCUAUCUCUCUCAAAAAUAAAUAAACACUAAAAAUUAAAAGAAAAAGAAAUAGUUUUAACUAGCUUGCUUUUUUGGUUUCCCAACCUAAAGCAGAUUAAAUCCUAGAAAUUUAAGGAGAGUUGUGAUAUUAAUCUGAUCACUGUCUAUAAAUACAUUUGUUUCCAAGUUUCCCUUCCUUCCUCAUUGCUCAAUAUAUAACUUUCUCCAAGCUUUGCAGUUAAAAGGAAUGGCAUUCCUUGAGAGAGAAAACCAUUAGUUAUCAAAGGUUGAUGCAGUUAUGUUGCUCUACUUUAACUUCUAUAUUAAAGAUAGUAAGAAAAAUAACCAAAAACCAAUGUAUUUAAUAAAAGCAAGAAUAGUUGACAAUUAAAUAGGAUGAAUGGAUGGAUGGAUGGAUGGAUGGAUGGAUGGAUGGAUAGGUAGGUAGGUAGGUAGAUAGAUAGAUAGAUAGAUAGAUAGAUAGAUAGAUAAACAAGUUGAGAACUUAUAAAACAUAACCAUACUGGGUUGUAAGGCAAUUCCCCACCUCAGUAAUUUUUAAGGAUAUCAUGUUGUACUAGAAAAUUAAGUGGUUGAUAUUCCAAUAAGGAAUAUUAGGGAAAGAACAUUGUGAUAAUCUGCAUGAUCUUUUUUAAAGUUUAAGAAGGCAUGUUAGACAUUAUUUUAUCAAAGGUAGUUAAAAUAAUGGUUUUAGACUUUAGAGGCAUAAAUGUCAUUUCACUAAAGAACAUCUAAAUAGAAUGCUUCAUUCCUGAAUGAUGUUGGAUGAUGUACCAUUAUAUUAUGUUUCGGCAAUGGUUCUAUGCCUUGGUUCCUCACUAAUCCAGAUCAAUCUUACUCUUUAACAUGAGAAGUAAGUUUGCCAGUAGAACCAGUAUGCUGUGAUAAUUUAAUGUUUCAAGGAUAGUUGAGGAAACAUUAGACCUGUCAUCGUAUCUGUGGACAAUAAAACCUAUGUGAAUUGUAAUCCAUUUCUGAUAUGUCUUCAACUGCUACAUCUAGUAAGAAAUGUCAUUUUUAUGUCUGUGUGCCAAGAAAAUAAAAAUAUUUUCUAAAGGA